AUGACAAAAUUUUUUUUGAAUGUUCUUGAAGAGGUCAAGGAGGAGACCGAGAAAGGACAAAAACAGGAGAUUAUGAAGUUGAUAUUAAAAAAGGAUGAGCGCUUGGCAAAGAUUUGGGAAGUAGUUGUUACGAGGAAAAGCAAGAAAGAGCAAAGUUUAAUGGAAGUUUUGAAUGAUAUAACAGAUUCGGAACUCAAUGACAAUGGAGAGUAG